AUGACGUCCAAGGACGAACAGGGCAGAGCGCAUCGUUUGGGACCAAGAAAGUACGCGUGCAUCGAUUGCGAUCGAACGUUCGCGCUGAAGGCCUCGUUGAUCCGUCAUCGAACGUUCGAGUGCGACAAGCAACCGGUAGCGGUGGAACGCGAUCGUAACGAGAAGACGCUGAGGAAGAAGAAGAAGAAGUACCUUUGCCCCGAUUGCGAUCGCGUCUACGCCGUCUUCACGUCGCUAUGGAGACACCGGAACUACGAAUGCGGCGUAGAGCCGAAAUUCGUUUGCCCCAUUUGCCGCUUUAGAUUCACUCAGAAGAAUAUCGCGUCGGUCUUUAAGCACACCUGUACCACCUGCGGUAAAACGUACAAGCACAAGCAUCACUUGAAGAGACAUCACGAUUUCGAGUGCGGCAUCGAUCCAAAGUUCAAGUGCGCUUUCUGUCCGCACAGGACCAGAUACAAGGACAGUUUGAUGAAGCACAUACUGGCUAGGCAUCAGUAUCUCCUCGAACACAACUCUCAGUACGGGCCGCAACAGGUGCUCGACGUCCACGGGGAAAUGGAUGGAAACGCGCGCGUUCAAGGAACCAUGUUCGCUUCUUAUCACGAUUUCCCGCAGAACAUAUAA